AUGGAGACGUAUGUUCGUGAGCUACGUAAGCAUGGUGUGACGCGUACCUGGCGCGCGCGGCGAGCGGGCUGGCGGCGGUGCGCAGGGCGCGCCGGGCAGCUACCCGCGGACCUCGUCGCUCUCCGCCCGCGCUGUAACGUACCUAAUUCUAGCUCUACGUCUAACUACGAAGCGGUUGGACUGCACGACACACCUACAACUCGAUACACUUUAAACGAACCUUCAAUGGAAUUUGCGACAAUUUUAGCGAUUACAAUGCUACUUAAACGCAGUCAAAAGAUUUUUCUAACUCUAGUCUGA